AUGGAAAAAACACUCCUCUGCAAUAGCCUCAAGUGCAGAAAGGAGCUCAACGACCGGGCACUUGUAACGACUUGCAGUCACAUAUUUUGCCUCGAAUGUGUUCAAAAGUCUGGUCUCGUUGACCAAGGGGACCAGAGAUGCACCAUUUGCCCCGUAUGUAACGUCCAGCUGCCUAAAGAGGAAGACGUUGCCCUCAUCAGCUUAAACCCUACCGAAGAGUUUAAAACGUGCGUUCUCAGUGGCUUGAGUCCCAAUGUAAUCAUGGAGUGUGCCGGACGAGCCAUCAGCUUUUGGUCGUAUCAAGCUACACAUGAUUUAUACUAUCAACAUCACUUAUACAAGUCGCUCAAAGACAAACACUCAGCAUUGUGGAAUCGAUAUGAUCAAGUAAACAGAGAUUCAUCUGCAGAGAUCAAUAACUUAUACGAUAAGCUAAAGAACGUGACGGAAUCACGGGAUGCUUUACAACGAAAGAAUGACGAACUCGCAGGAGCGUAUCAAGACAAAAGUCGCAAGCUGUUUCAGACGCAGGAACUUUACAACAAGGUCAAGAAAAAGGCCGAGUUGAGUCAAAUUGAGCAAGCGGCUUUCGACGCCGUGGAUAAUUCCACUAGAUCAGUGCCACAACUUUCAAACAGCAAACAAGCGUCCAACAUAUUCCGUCCACACAGCUUGAAUGGCGAUAACGAGCGCAAUUUCCCUCCUAACCUUAGGCCAAGAUUCGAUGCCACCGAUUUUUCCACGGCCCCGCCUGGAUCAAAUGUGCAACAGUACGAGAGUGACAGCCGCUGGCCAAGAAAAAGGCCUCAAGCUUAUGGUGAGGCACACCAUACCUAUAAAUUUAAUCUCAGUUUAACCCAUAACAAUGAUAGACCAGAUCCCAGAAGCUCGAUCAUACCGUCAAAGCGCAAGCGGUCGACUUUCUGCAGAGAUAUUUCGCCCUAG